CUGGCAUGACAGGGCAGGCCCCUUCAGGGGGGGGGCCAAUCGAAGACCCUUUUCCAGCCCCGGUUCGCGACACGUUCCGUCCGACAUCCGCCCUGCAGGAGGCGGCCUGUCCUCGCCUCCUGAUCUGCCCGCAACUCGCCUUGGUCCCCUACGCCGAUCUUGCCAGUCAUCCCACGCUGAGCGCUCGGCCGACCGCUCACGACACACACACACUGCGCGCCCGUACAUACAUACACGCUUGCUCGAUCGACAUUGCGACCCGACUGGCCUGCUUUUGCUUUCUGAACGAUGGGUUCGUGAUCCCCAUCAUGGCUCCCGGCUUCAAACGCACGAGGCAGAGGGUGGUCCUCUUGCUCACCCUCGUCCUCGUCUCCGCAUACUUUUUCUUCGCCAGCUCAACACGGCAAGAUCUUCUCGCACGGAGUCGCUCGGUUGUCGAGUCUGUGCCGGCAAAUCAGCUGUCGGUCGAAGCAAACUCGCUCCAGAACCCCAGGAACGUGCAGAACCAAGAGCACCACCAGCCUGCAGCAGGGGCUGCGAAGCCACAAUCCUCCGCCCACGAUGCCGUCCAGUACGGCGAGCCGACGCUCUUCCUGCAGCGCCAGAACUUCACAGUCACGGUCGUCGUGGCCAAGGAAAAGGACGACGACAUCAAGUGGAUCAAGCGAGACCUGCCCGGUGUACCUGUCAUGCUAUACAACCUCGAACCUGCACCAGGCCCGCCAGCGGCGCCGUCAAACCAGCACGUCGCCAAUACGCAACACCAGCCGCGGGCUUUUGAACACCCCGCCUCAAGAAAGCUCCGCCGAGACGAAUCGUCGUCUUCCGCUUCGAGCUCUGCGACCACCACCACCACCCGAGACAUCAAGGAAAACACCAUCAGGGGCAUAGAGGUGAUUGCCUACCUCACCUACAUUUUCGACCACUACGACAAUCUCCCCGACAUUGUCGUCUUCACGCGAGAGGCGCAGCGCAAGCCGCAGCACUGGGACCUGAUUGGUGAGGACCUGCCCGCCACGCUGAAGCGGCUGAACGGCGUGCUCGUCUGGGAGGAGGGCUACGUGAACCUGUACUGCGACACGCGCAACAACUGCCCGCGCUGGCGGGCGAACCAGGGCGAGUUCGCCAACGACAACGAGCUGCGCGACUUCCAGAUCUUCAACGCGGCGUGGAACUCCUUGAACCCGGGGAUCCCUUUCCCCAAGGAGGUCGGGCAAGCGGGAGGGAACCAGUUCGCCGUGUCGCGCGACCGGAUCCGCUACGCAAAGACGCGCGAGGAGUGGGGGCUCUACCGCGACUGGGUGGCCGACCGGGCGCAGGACCUCACGGCCGUCCAGUCGUCGCGCAUGUGGGAGUUUAUGUGGCAGUACGUCUUCAAGAACCGCGGGAUGCUCUGCCGCAAGCCCGCCGCGUGCUACUGCGACACGUACGGCGUGUGCCUGGCCACCGACGACACGGCCGACGAGCUCCGCCAGAAAAAGGACGGCCAGGUCCGCCUGCUCGAGCGGUACCACGCCAUGCGCGCAAACGGGCGCGAGACCAAGGAGUGGGCCAACUCGAUCGACCGGCUCCGGAGGGAAAUGUACCUCAUCAUGAGAAAGGGGUCGGUCGAGAUCGAGAGGUGGAUCGCCAUUGUCGGAUCGAAACCGGCGGAAUCGCCGCCUGCUGCGAAGGCGGCGAGUGGAAAAAACGGCAAGAAUGGCAAAAAGGGCUCCAGGUAGCCAAAGGUUGGAUAUGGCCAUGAAGUCUUUUUUAGGGGGUAUAUGUUUGUCAUGUGUUAUGUAUAGAAGAGCUUGGGCCGUUUUAUUUGAAUUUUUCAUGUUGGGAGUUAUACAUUUUGGGUUUCGGCCAGAGACACUUAUAUACUCGCACGACCUUGUAAUGCUAUCGGCAUGUUCAAAUCUCUCAAAGUGACAAUGACGUCAGUCUCGCCUCAUAUGGUUGUGACCAGGACGAGC